AUGGGGUACUCACAAGCGAUUAUAGGAUUAAGCGUCAUUGCUUUCCUCGUACUUUUACCUCCUUUAGCAUGGCACUCAUACACCAGAAAUACACCCGCCAUAAUAUUAAUUGUGUGGCUACUCCUGAUGGAUCUUAAGGCAAUUGUCGACGCAUCUGUAUGGGGUGGAGCAGAUUUCAGAGACAAAUGGUUAGGACAUGGCUGGUGUGAUAUAAUGACCAAGCUUCAAGUAGGAGCCAACGUUGGAGUCUCUUGCGCUGUUGCUAAUAUUGCUUUUAAUCUUCUCAGAAUCUUGAAAGCCAACAAAGAAAUACCAGAUAACCGUUCUUGGAAGAAGAUUCGUGUAGAUCUAGCAAUUAGCUUGGUUUUCCCAAUUAUUAUCAUGAGUGUGAUAUAUGUGGUCCAAGUUUUCAGAUAUGGUAUCUUCAGAUACAAUGGAUGCCAGGCAAUGCUUUCUCCAACUUGGCUGACAACAAUCCUUUACACACUUUGGAUGCUUGUGUGGUCACUUAUUGGAUUCAUCUAUGCCUCUUUGCUGCUUUUCGUCUUUUACCGGAAACGUCAAGAUGUGAGAGAUAUUUUACACUGUACGAAUUCUGGAUUAAACAUAUCCAGGUUUGCUAGACUACUCGUCUUUUGCAUGCUUAUCAUAUUGGUGAUGUUCCCCUUCUCGAUCUACUCAUUUGUGUCAGAUUUGAAACAUGUCAAUGCUUCAUAUCGCCAUUACAGCUUUUCGGAGACCCAUAAUAGCGGAAUCUGGAAUGUAAUUCUAAGAUUCGACCCCGGGAAACCCUUGUACAGUGUUUGGCUCUACAUUUUGAUGUCCUAUCUAGUAUUUCUCAUUUUUGGACUUGGUGCUGACGCAUUACAUAUGUAUGCGAAUUUCCUCAGGACAAUUGGGCUUGGAAAGGCAGUGGACACUACAGCCGAAUGGAGAGUCAAGCACAGGAACACUCGUCUUGGAAAGCUCACAGAAAAGAUUCUACCAAGUGGGUUCGCACAAAGUGGCGACAGCAGCGCUCAAUUUACAUGCGGCAGUUCUUCUGAUGGAUCAUUAAGUAUGUCUGAAUAUGGAGACAAACAUGAUUAUCCAAGCUCGCCAUCUCAAUUUGAAAUCGAUUAUACCCUCCCACACGAAAGAAAUAUGCGAGAGAACGGUGGUGGUAGUGGGGCUGGCUACACCCCAUCAUCCUACGAUCCUAAAUUAAGCACCAUAUUCCAUUCUAUUUCUCGUGGCAGCGAUGAUUCGACGGACGGAGAUUCAAGCAGUAGCUCAAAGGCAGGCCAGGUUCAAUAUCACUAUAGAUUAGAUCGUCGAUAA